CGAGCGGAACUGAAAUGCGUGUUGCUGAUAUCAGGUUUUCCGAUUUACAAUGAAUACUACGCCCUUUUAAACAGUACCCGAAACUUUUCAGAUGUGUUGUCAAACUGUGGACUGUUGAGUAACGCAAGGCUUACUUCAAGUAACAGAAUUAAAAUGAGAGUGUGAAUACAAAGUAGCUACACCCUUGUUUUAUGAUGGAUAAAACUCGCCAAAACUACAAUAACCAUAACAGUAAUGGCUCAUCAAGACCAAGUGUUGCGCCUAAACCUGCCACAACUAAACCCGCCAUACCUUCUAAACCUGCGCAUUUAAAAUCGAUCAAGAAAAAGGAAGGUAGUAAGGUUUCUGAAGAAAAAACAAACACGAGAGGAAACUUAACUCGUAUUCCAUCUGUGGACCACACGACGCCACGUUCCUGGGUGUCAAAACCAACUUUGUCUCUGCCGAAAAAAGAACAGCUUGGAGGAGCUGAAAAGAAGCCAGAUGGGCCUGUUCCAAAAAGCCCCUUUGCAAAACCAUGGAGACCCGCCCCUCAGCUUAAAUUGAACAAGGAUAGAAUUCCUAAACCAAUCAACGAUACUUUUACAAUUGUAGAGGAAAAAGUUGGCUCUGUAUCUAAAGCAAAAACUGCAUCACCUAAAAAUGACUAUGGAUGUGCUAUUAAAAAUAACCAGGUAACAGUUGAACCAAAAGUAAAAGUUGGCUUGGAAGAAAAGGCGAAUAAGCCAUCUACAUUGCAAGUAAAUAACCAACCACAAGGAAGAACAGGGAUUCAACACAGAUCUUCGUUUCUUCGUGACCCGAAAAGUCCUGGUUUUGGAACAAUUCGUGCUAUGUGGAACACCAAGGUGAAAACACCAUCCAAUAACCUCCCAUCUCCAAUAUUAACAAGCCCCAAACCAUUUGAAGUAACCAAACGCCCGGUUACAAAAACUCGCUCUGUUGCUGUUACUACAGGUAACCCCCUAAUGUGGCAGCAUGUGCAGGGACCCCGACCGCAAGCCCCACAUAAUUCUGGGAUACAAAUGGGUGAAACAAAGCGGCGUACAUCGUCGCUAAGUUACCAAGCACCUUUGCCUUUUCGAAGUGCUUCAAUAAGUGAAGAAACUGAACCCACAGUCAGCAAUGAAUUAAUUGAAGAAAAUGAAUCAAAGCAAUCUGAGGAUAUUUUUAAAUUUGAAGACCGUGAAAAAUCGCUACCUGAAUUGGAAAAUUGUCAAAAAUCAUUUCUUUACUCAUACUCCACUGCCAAGCCAAAGAUUCCCACCCCUGAACCAGAAGAAACAAACGAAAAACAACCAGCUCCCACAUUCAGCGACCCUCCUGUCGGUAUCUACCAAUCUUACAGCAGCGAUGACAGCGAAGCGUCACUGCCUCCAGUGGACAAAUCUUCCGACUCCAGCGUCAUGGAAGCCAAUUUAACAGCGGUUGGAGUGUAUGAAGAUUUUGACGAAAAUGACGAAACUGUUACAGCUGCAGUUUACAGCUUUGCACAGCAAGUAGAUAACCUUCCAUCAGACCCAAUACCUGCUUAUGGAUAUUUACCAAUGUCUGGAGCUUCUUCUACAACUGAGAUCAACUAUGAGCAAAUGGACUCAGAUGUGAAGCUUGAAAGUAUAGAUUACACCAGCCAAGUGGUUCCACCACCGGUAAUAAAAAAGAAAUCAACGAGGGAAUAUCAUGAAAUCGAUCCCAACGGAAAUAUUUCGGUCCCACCUCCACCCACAAGGGAAGCUCCGAAGUUACCCACCCACUUUAACAACCAACCCCAGCAGUUAGAAUACGAGCCCCCACCCUUACCCCCUGAUAACCCCGUGGGUCGACGAAGUGUUGUGUUUUCAAAGCAGAAGAAACUUAUGGUGGUACAGCAGCUGAAAGAAAACACCUCAAUGAAGAAACUGAACUACAUUGAUGUGGAAGUGACUUCUAACUCUUCUGGAGGACCUAGGAGCAAUCCUGUUCAUCGGAAGACUAAUUACUCCGAUGUUACAGUCCUUAGUGAGAGUGAUGCAAGAAAUUCUGAGAAAAAUGAAUCCGGAGAUGAGAAUCUGUCUUCUAACAAAAAACAAAAAGAUCGAAAGAAGAAAAGUUCAUUUCUUCCUUUCUCAUCUAAAGAUAAUACUUCAUCUUCUCCUAAAUCAGCCAAGGAAGAAGUACUGACAGAUUUUGAGAAAGAACGAAAUAAAAUAAAGAGGAUUAGUGGGCGAUUUAGACGGAAAAAAGAUAAGGACAAGAAGAAAAAAGAUCGCAACAGUGACGGGUCAAUUUCUCAAAGUUUUGAAUCCGAUUCAGGAUAUGACAUCGACAGUUCUUCAACAACGGUAUCUUCGGAAACCUCACAAUCUUACACAAUAAACACGAGCAGUGGUAGUGCACAAAGUUCGGGAGAUGGUGAAGUCCGAGCAUUACAAUGUGGUGUGCCAUACGCAUAUGGGGACAGUGGAGACACCAAAAAAUGGCACAAAGUGUUGCCGACUACAAAAGACGCGGUUGAGCGAAGACGAAGCAGUGAUGCGACAAGUCCUUUCAAACGCAAUGAAAGGAUAUACAAAAAAUCGCUUAGUCAUGGUAACAUUGAAUCCACUAUGUCGGUCUAUCCACCUGAAACCGACGGUUGCACAUCAGACAGAAACUCUGGGAAUUAUGAAGGCUCACCAAACAAGGAUCCUCCAAAAGUUUCGAGUUUUCUUCAUUGUGGCCCACCCAACAUAAACCCCCCUGAUCGACCCCCACCUAAACCCACAAACCCAUCACCCAGGCAUGGAGAUCCCAUGAACCCCACCCCACGUCACAGAAUGUCAUUCCCCCUCCCAGGUUUAGCCCCCUCUGUACCUCGCCCUAUUAGUCCGGGGUUGCCGACAUCACCCCCACCUUUCCCCCCAGAAAGAUCCCCAUCCAGAGAUUCCAGACCCAAACCCCUGUCGAGGGUGAUUCCCCCUUCACCCCAGCUUCACCCCCCAACAACUGACCCCAUAUAUUCAACACCGGAGGGUGAAAGCGAUGGGGAAACCCCACCACCAUUACCAGAACGUGAUGCUAUAUAUGAAGGGGUGGAUGUGUUAAACGUUGUACCCCCUUCACCGUGUGGAAUUCUGAAUCGUUCAAAACUUUUGGAUUCUGAACCAUUGUACCAGAUUUACAGAAGCCGCACGUUAUCUCAUGCGUCUACAAAAAGAUCCGCAGCUGCCAGGGCUAGAAACCAAACUGUUCCGGAGACAGGCACACAGUGGAAGAGUGAAUUGAUGUCAGAGGACCUUGGAACAUCCACACUGUGGAGAGAAAUCCCGGAGGUUGCGGACAGUGGUCAUCCGAAGGACAUGAGCAAGGACCAGAUCAAGCUGCAACAGUCUCAGUUUGAGGUGAUCACAUCCCAAGCUUCAUAUCUUCGUAGUCUCAACAUCCUUGUGCAUCAUUUUAUGGAGGAUUGGGCCAUGGAGUCAACUGAUGUUCUCCCAUCCACGGAUCGAAAGCGACUCUUCUCAAACAUCGAAUCUGUGAAGAACGUGGAACAGAGGUUCCUCGAAGAUUUAGAAAAACACUUCUGGUCUGAUUUAAAACUGACAAAAGUAUGCGACGUUAUUGCAAAAUAUGCAAAGCAGGACUUCUCAGUUUAUAUACUGUAUAUACAAAACCAGGUCUACCAAGACAGGGUGCUCACUAAACUACAAAGAAAUCACGAAUUAUUUGCCGAGAACUUAUGUCGUCUUGAAUCCUCCUCCGCGUGCAACAAACUCCCUCUCCUCUCCUUCCUCUUGCUCCCGAUGCAGAGAGUCACUCGUCUCCCACUCCUUGUCUCCGCAAUCGUCAACGCAGCGGACGCAGCCGGAGAACCAAAGAUGCUGAAGAUUGCCAAACAUACACUCGGAGUUGUAAACAAGUUGGUCAAGAAAUGCAAUGAAGGAGCCAAGAAAAUGCAACAAACAGAACAACUCGCAGAAAUUGCUUCCCAACUUGAUUAUUCAUCUUCUGUCAAGAUGUUUGCUCUCGUUUCACAAUCAAGGAGUUUAGUGAAGAAAGGAGAAAUGAAUGUGAGCAUGUCAGUUGAUUCAAAAAAAUCCACAAAACUCAACAAAUUAUGGUUGUUUCUAUUCACUGAUGUCAUGUUUAUUGCAAGGAAAAAAAGCUACAUGGAGUCAGGUUCAAGCUCCAGGUUUGAGGUUGUGGAUUGGGCAAAACGGUCGCUACUAUAUGUCAAUGAGCAAGCUGUCACAGAGAACUUAAUUUAUCUCAUUCUGUUGGAAAACCAAGCUGGAAAAAGAGUCGAAAUGACACUCAACCCAGUCAGCCAGAAUGAGUUAUCACGUUGGACGGAUGCAUUAAGCCCUCCAUCACUAAAUACAACAGGGGAGAGUAUAUAUGAAACAUGGGAUUGCCCACAGUUUCAGUGUGUGUUGCCAUACAUUGCUGAGCAACCAGAUGAACUAACUAUUGAUGUUGGUGAUGUAAUGCAAGUUCUUAAGAAAACUUCAGAUGGUUGGUUAGAGGGUGAGAGACUACGUGAUGGGGAAACAGGGUGGUUCCCCCGUCAGAAUUGUGACGAAAUAGAAGAUGAACACACACGAGCGAGGAACAUGAAAAACUUGUACCGGACAUUCGCUGGGUGACAGCAGAGAGCUAACAACGAAACAUACUAAAAUGAAAUUCACCAUCAAUUUUUUGGAGAACAAUUAUUUGAAUAAAAAAAAUGUUUUCAGAUUUUGCAGGGAUGUUGUGCUAGGUGGAAGCAAUAACUUAAGUACAACUCUAAAGUGGAGCACGUUUUAAUGAUUUUGUACAAAUUAUGUAUCUUUUGUUUGAACUGGAAUAUCAUUUUUACAUGUAUUUGAUCAAAUAGUAGAGUUUUAAAGGUGUUUAGAUUAAAACAAAUUAUAAAUUUUGCCAUAAAUAUUCUGCAACUACAGCAAAGUUUAGCCAAAUCUAGUUAGCAAAAGUAAGUAUUUAUAAUUUCUUAAAUGUUACCAAACCUUAAACAACAAAUAACUCCAUUUUCUUACAAUAUAUUUCUAUCAGUGCACUCUUUGUUCUUUGUUUCACAACCUGGUGCUGUUUAAUUGCACUAUCUAAUGUGUUUUUGUUCACAUUUUUAUUCCUACCCCUUUCAUUUCAUAUCUUGUUGUAUGCAGUUUUCCUUAUUCAUAUACCAGUCUUGGUUUAAAAAAACAAACUAUUUUUACCCGUUGUGUAUUUUACAUUUUUUAAUCAAAUCUGUAAACUGUAACAGUAUUAUCUGUUUUAUUAUGAGUUUGGUAUCCUGGUUUGAACUAAAUCAUGUGUAUUAUUUAAAAAAAUACUCUAUUGUCUAUAAUUUAUGGUGCUUAUAUUAUACCCUCUGCCUUACUAAGAUUUUUUCCACCUAUUUAUUGCAUAAAGUAGUUUUGAACAAACUGACAAACCAGUGAUCUGUAACAUUCCAUUUUUUCAACAAUUCUUAUUUUGGAAAGGAAUUUUGUAUUUUGAAUCAAAUGACUGUAUAGCGUAAUGUGUGCACUUUAUAUGAUUAAGUUUCUGAGCCUAUCCUGUCUUUUUGUGCUGAAAAGUGCCUUCUUAUAUUUCGCCAUAAAAUCCGCUGUCCAAAUAUUCAAUACUUUUGGAAAA